GUCGGCAACCGCUUGCCAAGCUAAACAGACGUGCAGACGGGUCGUGAGAUUGUGUCGCUGAUUGCCAAUCGGAGUCUACGAUUUAUGAAUGAGCGUCGCGCAGCGUGAGACAGACAUUCAAUUCCCAUAAAAAAAACAAAAAGCAGCAAACGCAGCUGACGACGAGAACGUAAACGUGAACGAAAUUACAAAACAAAAUCGAGAAAAAUACUUCUUAUAUACGAUAAACAACAAGACCCACAUACAAACAAAUACACACAAACACAGAAUAACAAAACACACUAAACAAAACGAUAGCCGAGGGUAAAAGUUUAUUAAGAAAGAAAACGUUUGUUUUGCUCCAGCAACAACAACAACAAGUCGAAAAAACGAGCACGGAAAUUGCAAUUGCAAAGAAAACAAACGUUUCGAUUGUCAAAGACGCGGCAAAUAUUCGCGGUUUUAUUUUUUUCGGCUUUGCAUUUCACACACACACAUAUUACCCCGCUCUCUCUGUCUCUCUUUCUAUCACCACAUCUUGCUUGUUGCAUUUGUGUAGUAUUUCGUGUGCAUAACAAACCAGGAAAAAGUUACAGCACAAAUACGAAUAUAAAGCUAAAUAGUGCGUAAAAAUCUGUUUUCUGUGCGAUUCGCUUCGAUUCGGUUGCGUUGUGUGUGUGUGGGGGAGUAAGUGGUAGUGUAUCUGUGCGAGGUGCGUAUGCGGGAGCGUGUGCGUGUGUGAGAGUGUUAGUGCGCUGAAUAGAAUGAGAAGCGCGGAGAGCGCCUCGCGUGUGUUUUUGUUGCUGCUUUAGAUUACCAAAUUCUCGCACGAAAAAACAUGUCGAAAUUGAAAUUGAAAUUAAAUUGUUGAAAACGAGCGCUAAGCAACCACAACAACAACAACAACAACGACAGCAGCAAUUUUGUAAGUGCGUGAAAAGUGAAAAGUGUUAUCGGAAAAACACACAUUCGUGGCCAAAAAAAAUCAGUAAUCAAAUUGAGUGAAUUUCAAAUCAAGAAUAAUACAUAUUUUGUAUUUUUGUGCAACGAAACUUGAGUUUCUUAUUGAGAUAAAACGACCGCCUCUCUUUCGCUGCUCUAUCGUUCAACUCUAACUGCCGCUCUCGCUCUCUCGCAUUAAAGAUUCGAGACGUUUUUCCGUGGAUUAAGGUGCAUUUCAUUUAACUUUGCAGCAGGCGGUCAAUUGCGUAUAAUUUAGUUGAGUUGAAAUUGUCUGCCGCAUUUCUUCAUACCCACGUCGCAUGUCAAUCAUACGCAACGUUGUGCAAAGCAAAAACAUUUGAAGUGGAAGUCAACAACUGGGAGUAAAAUCUGCAUGAAAAUUGCAACCAAAAAAGAAUCACACUCCAUGGCCAUACAACAAUGUCCAAUGCUCGCGAGCUGGCAUUGAUAGAGAAAUGGGCUGACAUUGCAACGCCGCCGACGCCGACGCUGCCAACAUCGCUAUCGCCAACAUCGCCGAGCACCAUCAUCAAGUUCUGCUGUUGUCCACAGCGCAGGCGCUACACAUUGAAGCAGCCGAAAUACAAGUCGACGGCCAAUACGCUGCAUGCUCGCAAUAUAUUCGUUGAUAACGAUUUUACAUAUAUUGAUGAUGUGCCACGCGCCAACAACAAGAGCAACAACAAGAGCAACAGUAGCAACAGCAACUUUAGCAACAAGCGACGCCAAGAUUGCGACAAAGAUUACGAUUGCAAUGAUUAUGAUGAUGCCGUUGAUGAUGAUGAGGCAAAUGAUAUCGCAGAGAUCUCAGGCGGCAACGACGGAAAUGUGGCGCUGAUAUUAAUAAAUCAACGAAAUGUGCCUGAACAAUGGCGGCAGGACAACAAAGGCAGCAGCAACAGCAGCAGCAACAGCAACAGCAACAAGCGUAACAGCAGUGAACUAGCAGCAGCAACUGCAACUCAAAGCAAAACUUGCGCUGUCACAAACAGCCAGCAGAGUGGCAAUGAGCAACAGCAGCAGCAACAACCAAUCCAAAGACUUAGCAAUAGCUUGCAACAGCAACAACAGCAACAUAGCAAUAAGGAAAAUACACUAAGCAACACCAAGAGCAACCACAGCAACAGCAACAACAACAACAACAAAAGUAACUACAAUAAGCCGCGCUGUAAUUAUUGUAAAUUACCCGACGACGCCGAGCCCCAAACGAACAACACAAACUCAAACGCAAACACAAACACAAAUACAAACUCGAAAAUUGAUUCACCGAAGUCGUCGCAGAAUAAAAUGACAAUUACGACAGCGGCAACAACAACGAACAUUGCCGCAACAGCGACAGCCAGCGAGUGUGGGUUGACACUGGCAGCGGCAACGGCAACAGCAGAAGAGUUGGUGGGUGCUGCCACAGAAGUGCUGUGCAGCGAUAAACCAACAUUGACAGCGACAUCGAUGUUGUCGACGCCGACGCCACCAACAGCAACAACACCUAAGCCCAGCAUAGCAGCACGUCCGACCACGCCCAGCCGCCUUAAGACUGUGAUCAAAACGACAAUGGUGAAGCGUAGUCCUAGCCAUGACUCAAAUGCGCCAGCAACUGCUGCGAUGCAGCAUAUGCUGCAACCGAACAGCUGCAACACCAGCAACCAACACGACGAGCCCAGACGUUCAGUUAGGGAGCGCAUCGCCGCCUUUGCGGCAGGAAAUGAGCAACAACAACAGCCAAGUGGCGGCAACACGGCGCGGCAACAUGACAGCGCCAAGAAAUUUAGUAAAAUUCAGUGCAAUACAAAUCAAAACAACAUGACAAGCGAUGUGAAAAGUGCAAUUAGCGGUGGCAGCAACACCAGCAACCAGCAGCAACAUCAAACGCUUAUCAACGGCAACGGCAACAGCAGCAGCAGCAACGCAACGCCGCCAUCGCCGGCAGCAACAACAGCUGGCAACACGUCAGUCUGCAGUGCGACUAUCGCCACUGACACGACGCGCUACAAAUCGGGAUUAAGUGAUGUUGUGGCCGACGAGGACGUUGAUGAUACAGCCACAUCCACAUCUACAGCAACUGCAUCAGUAACAGCAACAGCAGCACCAUCAACUCCAGCAGCAACAACAUCCAUGGCAACUGCCACUCCUGCGGCAGCUGCAAGCGUUUUUAGCACCGGUUGUGCAACUAUGCCGCGAACUCGCCAAUACGGAAGCAAUGCUGCAGGAGCUGGUGCAACAGCAACAGCGGCAGCCAACGCCGUGACAGCUGAUAAGAAAUUCUUAAGCCUUGCACCCGCUGCAACACAGCAGCAGCAGCAGCAACAUGUGCAUCAUAAGCUGCAAUUAGUCGAUAAGCCCGAAUCGCAAUUGACUGCACUCAACAAUCUGGACUUGGCGCACCGAUUCGACCUGAUCGAUGACGAUGCCGAGGAUCCAUAUGGACCACUCGAGGAUUAUUUAGAGCGUGUCAAACUGGAAAUCAACGAGGUAUUCGAGUUGCGCAAAGCGCAGCGUCUGCACCAACAGCUGAUGGAUCAACUGGACGCGGCGCGGCAAGCGGCAGCAGCAACCGAGCAGCUUGAUGAAUUGUCGCGUUCUACGGAAUCUGAUAGCGGCUUUGACAGCAGCAGCACAACAGCGACAACAACUGCAGCAGCGACAGCGACAACAACAGCAACAGCAACAAGCAAACCAGUGACAACUAAACUUAGAGCAUUGCCACCGCCUCCUCUAAGUCCCGCUGAACAACCAAGUCGCCGCCCUUCGACAACAGCAAACACAGCGUCGCAACCAGAUGAUGUGAACAUUUGGGCAAACAAAUUUCUACGUGAUUUGGACAAUCUGAUGGGUGGCGAUAAGGUGCCACCACAUCUAGCAGGAGCAACUGGCAACUCGCCCACAUCGAGGACUGCGCCCAUGUUGCUCUCAGCGGCAGCCAGCGCAGCGUUGCAGAGUCGCCUCGGCAAGAGCACAGCUAACAACGGCGAGCAGCAGCAGCAGAACGGACUCGUCUUGAAACCGGAGAAGCAUGCAACCAUUCCUUUGCAAUCGUUUAACCUUGAUUGCGGACGCACUGAGGCGACACCGACAGCAACCAGCAGGCCAAGCGUUGCCUAUAUGCGAACUCUGUCGGCGCCCGGCGGCCAAGUUGCCGCCAUGCCGUCGCGUAAUGCUUCAAUUGGGGGCCCAAGUCAGCGCAAGAGUCUCGCGUUGUCCGCGUUUAAUGGGCAUGCAGAGACGUCGUCAUCGUCGUUGCCAUCGUCAGCAACAACUCAUAAGCUGACAAAUUUCCAAAGUGCAUUGAAAAUCGAAGAGCUUACGGCGGCAACAGGUGAAGCAGCAACCACUACAACAACUGCGACGACGACCACCAUGGAUGAUUUGAAAUCUAGGCGACAGCUGGAAACGGCGACGAUGCCAAUGCCAAAACGGGUGGGCAUUAAUCUUGCAACAACGUCGCCAACAUUGACGAGCAGAAAUGUUAUAACCCCGCCGCCGCCGGCGUCAGCAAAGCAAACGGCAGCCGCUUCGGCUUCAGCUGGCACUCAACUGACCUCGGGGAAAGGCGCCGCCACGCCUGGUUAUCUGGUGGAUGUGACCAAAAAAGGCUCGACCUCAACCAUAUGGACAUCGGAGGAGUCCAUACUGCGCAGCGUUGGCGCCGUCGAUGAAGACAACAACUCGACUUCGUCGUCUUCGGCCUGCGAGGAGGCGGCUGGAGUGCUGAGUUCCGGCAAGUCGGGCAUCUCGCUUGACUCCUCGGGACUGGACAACGACAACAAUGAAAGCGGCAUUGGCACGGCAACGCCACCCAAGGACAUGUCCUACUGGAAGAGCCACCAUCUGCAGCAUCAUCAUCUUCAUCAUCACCACCACCAUCAUCAUCAUCAUCGCACUGGCGCCAGCAGCGCACCCGACAACGAAUCCGUGAGCAGCCUGGAGGCGUUGCGUAAAAUGAAAUUCCAAAAGAGCGGCUCGGUGGCCUCCUCCGAUGAUCCCGAUCUGCUCGAGGUGCUCAGCUUGUGCGGCAGCGGCGGCGAAGCGGCUAACGAGUCCCAAGACGAUAUGCUGGACGAUCAAGGCGGCAAGCAACUGCCCGACAAAGCUGCUGCUGGCGAGUACGACGAGUGCCAGGAUGAGUUCGAGUUGCCGCAGCAUUACUACGACUGCGAUUGCACCGAUGGCGAUGCGAGCAGCGCCAGCGGCGGAGGAGGAACUACCUCGAUUACCACGCCCGUGGUGCUGCGACGCAAGUACAGCGCUGCGCCGCCCAUCAUGGUGCCACUGCCCAGUGUCCCGCGUCGCAAUCUGCGUAGUUUGUCGCUCGACCAUCAUCAGCCACAUCAACAGUUUCUGCUGCAGCCACGCAAGCUGCUAGCGCGGCACAAUCACAAGGAGCGCGCUCAACUGUCGCUGACACUGCGCCAGGAGCCCUUCCAGUCGCUGCUCUCGCCCAACGCCACGAACGUCACGCAGCUGCAUCACUUCGUGGAGCUGCCGUCGCCAAGCAGCGCUUCGCUGCACAGCGAUGCAGGCGGCAUUCAGGAACUGACAACCAAAUCGAACUCGGCGCCGCUGCUGCUCAAGGAGCGUGAGCACAGUCGACGCUGUGAUGACUUUGCCGCCCAGCACUUGACGCUGCGCUAUUCUCGUUCACAGAGUGAUCGCUAUUUAGCAGAAAUCGAGGCCGUGGAAGCUUGCAAAUGGCUGCGGGCGGCAGGUUUUCCGCAAUACGCGCAGAUGUACGAAGAUCAUCAGUUCCCCAUCGAACUGAACAAUGUAGCCAAAGAUCACACCAAUCUAGAGAACGAUCAACUGCAGUCGCUUUACCGACGACUCUGCGUUCUCAAUCGCUGCGCCAACAUGCGACUGGAUCAGUCCCACAAGCCGCAGACGCCACAGCAAAAGGAGGAAUCGGAUGAUGAGAACUUUGCGCUGAGCGAGAAUUGGACAUUCCAACCACACAUUCGACGCUGGUCGCGCAUUGGCGAAAUGGGACUCGAGCUGCCGCCGCCAGGACAUCUGAAUCUCGAGAAAACCGAGAGCAGCUCAAAGGAGUCGAGCCCAGAUCGCUUCGAGGACGACAGCUACGAUUUGGGCGGCGCUGGCAUCACACUGAUGAUACCCGGCUGCAGCAAAGGCGAUCCCAACGAUCCUAAUUCCCUGCACGAUGGCUCCGAUGGUUCGGCCGCAACUCGCUUGCGUCGCACCGGCAGCGAACGCUUUAAGGAUGGCGCCAAGGCGUUCUUGCGUCGUGUGGAGUCCAUUAAAUCGCGACGUCGCAAGCGACAGAAUCGCGAGAAUGUGGUCAUCAGUGGACCGCAAGUGCUCGAUCUGGCACAGCUCGGACAACGCAGCAGCUUACGCAAACCCGAUGCCGUCUACUCCACACCGCCCUCGCCAUCGGCGCUGAGUCCCAUACACACAUUCCCCAAGGCGCCGUUCUUUGGCAACGAGCUGAAGGUGCCCAGCCACAGCGAGAACUUCCUGAGUCCCAAUCGUGCCAGCCCCAAACGGACGCCGACCACGCCGCGUUCGAUGCGCACCAGUCCGCUGCACUUCUUCUCCAGUCCCAUGACCCAGCUGAAAGAGGGCAAGUCGGAUGAUUCCUCGUCGUAUUACAGCGACAGCCAGGAGUCAUCCACGGGCGGCAAACUUUCGCUAUCGUUGCGCAAACCCUCGAAGGCGCGACGUUUCCUGCAGCGCUCGGGCAAGGUGGAUGACAUUGGUGCACAUUCGGAUUCGGAGUGUCAUCAGGGACGCAAGCUGCUCAUCAAGGAUGCCAAUUCCAAUACCACCGAGGUCAAAAUCAAGAAGCUGACUCGCGGCGGUUCGCUUAAUCUGGGCAAGGAUGCCAAGAAGCGCGAUGGCUUCCGUUCCUCAUCGUUCCGCUCGCGCAGCACAUCGCGCAAGGAGCCCAAGAACGAGGAGGAACACGGCAGCAGCAGCGCUAAGCGACAGCCGGUGGUGCGUUAUCACAGCUUCCAGAUGGAGGAGCGUCCCAACAUGAUCUUUCGCAAGUGCUUCUCGCAAAAGAUCGAGCCGCAGGCGCAGCAAGAGGAUGCCGGCAUCCCAUUCGCUGCCAUGUCCGCUGGCCAGCUGCAGAUCAUACGCAAGUUGGCACUGGUCACGCUCACCGGUCACAUGGAACGCUACUGUCCCACGCAUCGAUCGGGAUGGAACUGGGAGCUGCCGAAGUUCAUCAAGAAGAUCAAAAUGCCCGACUACAAGGACAAGAAGGUGUUCGGUGUUCCCCUCCUGCUCAUUCUCCAACGCAGCGGACAAACGCUACCGCUGGCAGUGCGUGCUGCACUCCGCUGGCUGCAGCUGAAUGCUCUGGAUCAAGUGGGACUCUUCCGCAAGAGUGGUGGCAAGUCACGCAUCAUGAAGCUGCGCGAACAGAUCGAGGUCACCGAAUCGACCGCCGAGUGCAUGGAUGUCUUUGAUCUGCAGCAGGCGUACGAUGUUGCCGACAUGCUCAAGCAAUAUUUCCGCGAGCUGCCCGAAUCGCUGCUGACCACCAAAAUGUCCGAGACCUUUGUGGCCAUCUUCCAACAUCUGCCUGCUGAGGUGCGUCUGGAUGCGGUGCAAUGUGCGGUGCUGUUGCUGCCCGAUGAGAAUCGCGAGAUUCUCUAUGUGCUGUUGGAGUUCCUCACCAUUGUGGCUGCCAAUUCGGCGCAGAACCAAAUGACCAGCAACAAUCUUGGCGUCUGCCUGGCACAGUCCAUCUUCCACUCGUCCAUCUCCACGGGUUCUGCCUCGGUCUCCGCAUCUCCGCGUCGCAAGGGCAAAGGCUCCGGUAUGCCGGACAUGAAGGAGCUGGCGGAAGCGAAGGCUUCGCAUGAGUGUCUUUCCUUCAUGAUCGAUCACUACAAGCCCAUCUAUACUGCCGCCAAGGAGAAGCUCGGCAAGUGCAACUUUGGCUACAUGGAGGAAUCCAAGCCGGUGCCGCUCGAAGCACUAGGAGAAGGCAUGCAGUUCCACAACUGGCGUGGCUAUCUCUACGAAUGCACCAGCGCCACCAUCAAAGAGGGACGCGAGAAAACUCGCGGCUGGUUCACCAUUAGCUCGCUGAACGACAGCAAUGUCGACAUUUCCUACAAGAAGGUGGGCGAUGGUCAUCCGCUGCGUCUGUGGCGCUGCUCCACUGAGAUCGAGGGACCGCCACGCGAAGUGCUGGAGUACAUCAUCAAGCAACGCGCCUCCUGGGAUCCCAAUCUGCUGCAGUGUCAGACGGUCAAGAAGCUGGACGAUCGCACCGAGAUCUAUCAGUAUGCGCUCGAUGGCCAGCUGACCACCGACUUCUGUGUGCUGCGCUCCUGGCAAACGGAUUUGCCGCGCGGCGCCUGCGUUAUUGUGGAGACGUCGAUUGAUCAUGCCAAGGCGAAGCCGUUGUUCUGUGCCGUGCGAGGCGUUGUGCUCGCCUCGCGUUACCUCAUCGAACCCUGCGGCAGUGGCAGAUCGCGUGUCAUGCAUCUGGCGCGUGUGGAUGUCAAGGGCAAGACACCAGAGUGGUACAACAAGAACUAUGGACAUAUCUGUUCCCACUACUUAUCCCGAAUACGUCUGGCCUUUAAGCAUGUAGCCGAUGGACCCGAGAGCAAAGUGUAAUCUGAGUGUUUAGUUGAUAGUCGAAACAAACAAAACCCGCACGCAUUUCGAGAACCCCAACGAGUAUAGAAAUCCAAAUGCAAACAACAUUUUGGACCACGACGAGCUUAAGUUUCGCAACUCAAAGCCAAGCAAAACAUGAUAGAUUUACACACAUUUAUAUAUACAUAUGUAUAUAUUUUUGUAAAUAUUUAACACGUUACGAUAAUUCCAAAUCUUUUUUAUUGCAAGCAAAAACAAAAACUUCAAUACGUUUCCGAACGUCGCGUAUAACUAUAAUUUACUGUAUUAUAUUUAUAUACUAUAUGUGGUCUUAAUUUAUAUACGGAUACUUUACUACUUUAUUACUUACUUUACAAACCGAAAUCUAACAUCCAAAAUACUCAAUACAUAAAUAUCACAAAUGUACUUUUACGAUUUCUAACUAAAGUUUCAAGUUAUGUUUAUGUCACCCCUAUAUCUUUAAUGUUAAUUAGUUUGUAGUCUUCUCAAUGUGUAAAACGUUACAGCAACAUUACAAAACAAACAACAUUGUUCUAUGAAAUCUGAUGCAAAAUGAAAGCAAAAACAAAAGAAACGCAACAUUUUAAUGUGUAAAGCAAAAUCAACUAGUCAAAUUCUAUAAACUUAAGUUAAACUACUACUAACCCCAAUUACACUCAACUAAAUGGUUUACCAAGCAACAAGUUGUCGAAAAAUUCCACUGAGAGGAACAAGUAAUUAAUUUUGAUUGAGUAAUAUUAUUAAAAAUGAAUAAGAAAUGAUGAAAUAUGUGUGUAGCAUCGGAGUUAUUGAUAGUCUUAAGCACUGCGCGUAUAUAUUGUUGAUGUAUAAUGUACGAUGUAUGUAUGUAGGAUAUAUACAAGUAUGAACCUUAUGAUCCUUGAUCGAUAUACUGUAAAUGCCCAUUUUGGCGAUAUAGUUUUAUUUAUGAAUAUGUAUGUAUAUCUAUCUAUCGUAUCCAAUCGUAUCAUAGAAACAUAUAUGUGUACGAGUUAUCAACUACUACAGGCCGUAAUGACAAAUAAGAACUAACAAGCCAAUGUCAAAAAAUAAAUGGAGCAUAUAAUUAUGUAUUACAUACAAAAAUAUAUAAAAAAAAAAAUUAAAAGGCAAAAAAGCAAACACAAUAAAAUUACUAUGAAAUGUGCAAAAUAAA